AUGACGACUUCACUGAUCCUGCAUCCACGCUGGGCGGAUACCUUCAUGUACGUCUAUGAGGAGAACCCGAAUGAAAGCAGCCAGAAUAAAAUCCCAGCCAUGGAAGGGCUCAGUGGGAACUGCCCCGCCAGCCACUGCAGGGAUCUAAUCACUCAUCCGGUCUUGGGGCGCCAUUCCAGCACCAUCGGGACUCACCAGGGAUCGGUCUACACGGAUAUACCUGCCCCUGAGGCCGCCCGCCAGUGCCCCGCGCCGCCCGCCUCUUCCAACGCCACCUUGGGCUACGGCUACCCUUUCGGAGGCAGCUACUACGGGUGUCGGCUCUCCCACUCCCACAACGUGAACUUGCAGCAGAAGGCUUGCUCUUACCACCCGGCGGCGGAGAAAUACCCGGAGCCCAGCGGCUCCCUCCCCAGCGAAGAACUAUCCUCCAGGGCCAAAGAGUUUGCUUUUUACCCGAGCUUUGCCAGCUCCUACCAGGCUGUCCCUGGUUAUUUGGACGUAUCCGUGGUGCCAGGGAUCAGUGGGCACCCGGAGCCCCGGCACGAUGCCCUGCUUCCCAUGGAAGGCUACCAGCACUGGGCGCUCUCCAACGGCUGGGACGGGCAGGUCUAUUGCUCGAAAGAGCAGUCCCAGUCCAGCCAUCUCUGGAAAUCACCUUUCCCAGAUGUGGUCCCUCUUCAACCAGAAGUGAGCAGCUACCGUAGGGGUCGAAAGAAAAGAGUCCCCUACACGAAAAUCCAGCUGAAAGAACUAGAAAAAGAGUAUGCCGCCAGCAAGUUCAUUACCAAAGAGAAGCGACGAAGGAUCUCGGCGACCACUAAUCUUUCCGAGCGCCAAGUCACCAUUUGGUUUCAGAACCGCAGGGUGAAGGAGAAGAAGGUGGUUAGUAAAUCUAAGGCACCUCACCUGCACGCCACCUGACCCUGCGAGCCUUCAGGAGGGGCGAGGGGGGGAGCGAAGCGAAAACGGA